ACCGCAUGUAGAGUCGAAGAUUGAAGUGAAUACGAGUUGUUUUCUUUGAAUUUCUACAAACGGACAAGGCGAUUUACACUGAGCACAAUGAGCGUUCCUAUGCCGCAAAAGCGCUAUUAUCGACAGAGAGCUCAUUCUAACCCGAUGUCUGACCACACAUUUGAGUAUCCAGUUGGUCCAGAAGAGAUGGAUUGGUCACAUCUUUACCCAGAAUAUUUCAACCCGAAUGGAAACGAUAGUUCGGAUAAAAUUAAUGCGCAGGUGGAGCUUGCUGACAUCGGUUGUGGCUACGGCGGACUUCUUGUUGAGUUAUCAAAACUCUUCCCAAACCAGCUUAUUUUGGGCUUGGAGAUUCGGGUAAAAGUGUCCGACUAUGUACAGGACCGCAUUCACUCUCUUCGAGCUGCUGAGCCUGGAAGUUACCAGAACAUUGCCUGCCUCCGUAGCAAUGCUAUGAAGUACCUGCCCAAUUUCUUUACCAAAGGACAGCUUAGUAAGAUGUUCUUUCUCUUUCCGGAUCCACACUUCAAGAAAACAAAACACAAAUGGCGGAUCAUUAGCCCUACAUUACUGGCAGAGUAUGCAUACACACUCAGAGUUGGGGGUUUAGUGUACACAAACACUGAUGUUGAGGAAGUUCAUGAGUGGAUUGUGAAGCACUUCAGGGAUCAUCGUCUCUUCACCAGAGUGUCUCAAGAAGAGCUGAUUUUCUGCCACUGUGAGGAUGAUCAGCUGUCCUUCCUGUCUCCCAGUAGCGCUGUCUUGGUGUCUCACAGUACUGACAUUGCAAUUUAUUGUCUUGGCCACACCUGCAGUCUUCAUGCCUCAAUGCAGCAUGCCUAAGAUGAGCAGGGAUCUGGGCAUCUUUCUUUUGGUGUUUUUCAGAGCUGAAGACAUCAUAAUUAGUCGUCUGGGAACCUGCACAGAAGAAGGAAAGAAGGUUCAGAGAAAUGGAGGCCUGAAUUUUCUAGCAGUUUUCCGCCGAAUAGAAGAUCCCUUAUAAUAUUGUAUGAGAACAAUCUUUAUGCUGGAAGGAUGUGAACAUUUCUAAAUCACUCUGUGAUUGCAUUGAAAGUGCACAGAACUGCCAUAAUGUUGGUCUUCCUCGUAUUUCCACCUAUUCAUUUUCAGUGUGCAGCUUUGUGAAUAAGUAAAAAUAUUAAGUCCUCUACAUUUUUGUCCAGCUCAAACAUAACUAAAUAUAAAUAAAAUGUGACUUUUAAAAUUACAAAUCUUC